CACUCGACAUCCUUCCCUAUUUUCAGGUCAGGUCAAAGCAAUACCGCUCGUACUGGGAUAGCCAUAAUACUGAACAUUAUUCAACGAGUUAGGAGUUGAUGAAGGAUGAUGACGACGAAAACUGUUGUUUGGCUGUUUAUGUUGUGUAAUUUUGCGUUUGACGGGACUUAUGGACAGAAUGCUGAAGAAGAAGAAGAAUUCCCAACGUAUGCUAUAGUGAUGAUAGUGGUCGCUGCUCUCCUAGGCUUCUCUGGUCUGUUUUACGCCUUCUGCAAGGAAAAAUGCUGCGACUCGAGUAGCAGGAGACGGCGACCCGCACCGCCACCUGUCGUGAAAGUCCACAAAACCCAACCUAAAAAGAAGCCAGCUGGCGGUCCAAAAAAACCUAAGAAGUUCAAAAUGAAGAAACCCAAGGGUGAAGAUGGAGAAGAAGAGGAAGAAGGCGAGGAAGAAGACACAGGUGAAACGGAAAACAACGAAAAUGACAUGGAAAACGGUGAAUGCGAGGGUGACGUCCAUAAUGACGUCACAUGUGGUGACGUCAGUGAAUGUGUGACGUAUGGUGGCAAUGAUGACAACACUGGUUACCAAGGGAACAAUCAUUUUACGUCAUAUUACGCGAAUGAUGUGAUUUCCCCUGUGUAUACUGUUGACAUGCCUCAAAUGACUUACCAGUUUGAUAAUACCGGCCACAGUGGAAUGGGAGAUACGUCGUAUAAUCAGGAUUACUGCGCAAAUUACGAAGUGUACUGAAAAAAUGGCACGUACUCACAUCUUAUGAUGACUUUUAUCUGUGAUCUGGUGGUAGACAAUUACAAAUUCCCCUCUGAAAAGUUUUAGUUAAGUUUGUGUCUUUUAAUAGCCUCAAAGAACAAAGGGGAUAUCGAAGGAAGAAAGGGAUUUCUCCAUGUGAUUAAUUUAUAUGCUUUUGCAUUGCAAUAAUCAUUAUAAGGGGACGCAGUGAAGCUAGGACGAGGGAGGUUUCAUCAUUGCAAUAUGGACUUAUAAUACUCGUUCUCGAAUUUCUAUAUACUUACAGUGCCAAAAAGAGGUGAAAGAUUUUUAAGCAAAAUGGUAAGAAUUGAUUUUAUUAUGAAAACCGAAGUGUCAUAUUAAAAGGCUUAAGGGCAACCCUUGUUCUGCACCUCUCCGUAGAGUUGGACAUGUUAACGUACAUAUGUAGAGCUGCAGCUGACAAAAGCAUUAGUAACUGACAGGGAAUUUUCACAUAUGUAUUUUCACUGCUGGUGCCACGUGUAUUUACGUGAAAUAUGACAGUAAUUGUAUUUUUCGGGAAUUUUCGUUUUUUUUUUUUUUUUUUAACGAUUAGAGCUUCCUUAUAUUGGCCUUAUUACAGCUGUUUCGAUUUUUAUUAAGCAAACUAGUUAAUUCCAAAUAAGUGUAAAUGGGGAUAUCUAAAUAUUAAAAAGUAUUAAAAACACUAAAACAAUUCAUCAUCAGCGCACACCCCUUUUCAACGGUGCGUCCUUUAUCUGUUUGAUUGUUAAUCAUAUCUGAAAGACAUUCCACACUCAUUCUUGUUGCAAUAAUUUAUAUAUUUUAUAUAUUUUUUAAUAAAAACGUUAUCUA